CGACGAGGACGGUGCAUGGCAGACUGGUGGCGAGAAGACGCUCGACCGCCGCGAGUUUCACAUGCCAAAUGCUGGUGCUACGUUGCACAUCUCGCAGGGCUCGCUCAGCCAUACGACUUGGUCGACCGGCGCGGGCACUGUGGUGUGGGAGGCUGCGGACGCCACGGUGCGCCAUUUGGAUACCUCCUUCGCACCGAAUGGUCUUCGUGGGAAGCGUGUCGUCGAGUUGGGAGCAGGCACGGGCGUGUGUGGCAUCGCGUGCGCGGCUCUCGGCGCCACUGUCGUCCUGACCGACCUGCCCGAGGUGCUGCCGAUCGCAAAGUCAAACGCCGCCGCGUCGCCGUGGCACGAGCGGAUCUCCGUGCAGCCACUCAACUGGGCCGACGCUGCCGUGCCGGACGCCCUGACCUGCGCAGACCUCGUCGUCGCGUGCGACUGCAUCUACCAGCCCGCUGCAUACGGUGCGCUCGCCUCAGUCCUCGCCGCUCUCUCUUCGCCGUGCCUUAUCGCGUGGCGUCCGCGCGGCAAGAGAGAGGCCGACUUCCUCGCGCAGGUCACGACGGCGUUCGCGCUCGAGCGCGUCGCCCACGCACAGGAGCGCGAGACGUCACUCGCGUGGUUGAGACCCGUGGAUGCGAACAUCAACUCGACGUGGUGACGUGUAUUGACCCGAUAGCGCUUAGCAGCCAGGGACCAUUGUCCAUUGUGAGCGUUUUUGUAACUCGCG